AUUUUCUAUAUAAAGGAUGUUCAUGCAUAAUGUAAAAAUAGUAUCCUUUUUUUCUUCUUUUUUCUUAAUAAAAUAAAAAUGGCUUCUUCUACUACAUCCACCUACGUUGUUACUGGUGCAUCUCGUGGUAUUGGGUUUGAGUUUGUUAACCAGCUUGCUGCCAAAGGAAAUAAAGUAUUUGCAUGCGCUCGUAAUCCUGACAAGUCUGAGCAACUUCAAAAAUUAGUUGCUGAUAACAAGCAUGUAUUUGCUGUUAAAUUAGAUACAACCUCAGAAGAAUCUAUCAAGGCUGCUGUAAAAGAGAUUGAACAGAAUGCUCCAGAAGGUAUUGAUGUCUUAAUUAAUAAUGCAGGUAUCGGAAGUUCAAAAUCAAUGAAUAUUGAAACUGUUUCAAAAGCUGAAUUCUUGAAACUUUUUGAAACAAAUGUUUGUGGUGUUUCCGAUACAACCCAGGCCUUUUUACCUUUACUUCGAAAGCGUGGACAAGAACAGGUCAAGAAAAUUGUCAACAUCUCUUCUAUCAUGGGAUCUAUUUCUGAAGUACAUCAAGUGAAUCCUUCAGGCACUGUUGUUGCCUAUCAUACCUCUAAAGCAGCAUUAAACAUGCUUACAAAAAUGACAGCCACUUAUCUCGCCAAGGAAAACUUUAUUGUUUAUGCUUCUCAUCCUGGCUGGGUUAAGACAGAUCUUGGAGGGGAAAGUGCCCCAGUUGAAGUAGAAGACUCUGUUCAUGGUCAAAUCGCUAAAAUUGAAAGCGCAACAUCAAAUGAUAAUGGAGGCUUUUUUGAUUUCAAUGGAACACCCUUAAAUUGGUAGAUAUCUUCAAGUAAAUAAUUCUGUUAUCUAAGAUGAAUAAAAUGGCCGAAUAUUCUAGAAAAAAGAAUUACGAUGAUUACUAAAACU